CUGAACUUGGGGCCUCAGCCCAAGCCGGUGGGUGAGGAAGCAGAGAACAGGCUGCGCUCAAACGGCGGAGGUAACUGUGUACGGACAGACGGACGGACAGAAUGGCCACCCUGUGGAUGGGAGACCUGGAACAGUACAUGGAUGAGACUUUCAUCAAGCAGGCCUUUUCAGCCAUGGGUGAGCCAACCAUUAAUGUAAAAAUCAUCAGCAACAGAAUGACCGGAACGUUAGCAGGCUAUUGCUUUGUGGAAUUAGCUGAUCAAACCAGUGCUGAUCGUUGUCUCCAUAAACUGAAUGGGAAGCCUUUGCCCGGUUCAAAUCCGCCCAAGAAAUUCAAGUUAAAUUAUGCAACGUAUGGAAAAAAAACAGAUGCAGGCCAAGAAUAUUCCAUAUUUGUGGGCGACCUCUCUCCAGAAGUUGAUGAUUUUCAUCUGUACGAUUACUUUGUUAAGAAAUAUCCAUCUUGUAGAGGUGGGAAAGUGGUUACAGACACAUCUGGAAACUCAAGAGGUUUUGGAUUUGUCAGGUUUUCUGAUGAAGCAGAACAGAAAAAGGCUUUAGAAGAAUGUCAAAACAGCAAAGGUUUAGGAGGAAAACCCAUCCGAAUAAGUAUAGCAGUGCCAAAAAGUGCAAAAACAAAAUCUGAAUAUCAACCAACUGCAAGCUACAACUAUACACAGUACUAUCAACAGUACCAGCAGUAUUACUCCCAGUGGGGUUAUGAUCCCUAUGCCAGCUAUGGCUAUGGGUACCCACAGUACGGUGCCACUGAAACAUCAGGAAUAACUUCUUCACUCAUGACAGAAAUGUCACAGCUGGCUGAGUUUCAACAAAAUACUACACUGAGUGAAGAAAAUGAAGAGGAAUGUGUGGAAGAUCCAGAUCCAAAGUUGGAUAUUGAUGAAGUUAACAAGCAAUUCAUGGAACAAAGUGAAGAACUGUAUGAAUCAUUAAUGAAUUGUCACUGGCAGCCCCUGGAUUCCAUCACAUCAGAGAUUCCCAGUGUAGUAUGAUUUAUUAAAAAAAGCUCUUCUGUAACAUAAUUCUUGCAUAUAUCUAUAUUUAAAGUGGGGGCUGUAUACUAGUUUAAGAUUAGUUGCGUUACGACCUCUCUCAAAUAGCAUUAGAUAUGCUGUAUAUUUCAGAAGACAUUUUUGUAUUGCAAAGUUCAACCUUGUCUGUGAAUUGGGUUCAUUUCAUAUAGUGCUCUUUAUCUAGAACCAGCUUGCUGAAUAAAGUCAUUUUCUGUCUUUAAUGUAAGAGAAUCUUCAGAUGCUGGAAAUAUUGAAAUAAUAACACAGUUCUGGAGUAACUCAGCAAGUCAGAUAGCAUUUAUGGAGGGAAAUGCAGGUGUUGUUUUGGGCUGUGAUACAUCAGAAAUGAUCAAACGAUCCUGAUGAGGGGUCUUGGCAUGAAAAGCCAACUUUUUAUUCCUCUUCCAUAGAUCUGCCUUAUCUUGGGCAAUCAGAGUAGCUGGUAGGCUAAAUGUAAUGGAUUGAGCAAAGCAAAGUUGUGAAAUAUGACCAGUCUUUGCUCUGAGUUUAUGUUGCAUAAGCUAAAAGACUUCUUCAAGCUUCAAGUCUAUUUGCUUCCUCCCACAAUAUAAGCCAUGUGUACAACAUUGUUUUUAUUUUCCCUCCUCUACUGUUCUUGGGAAUGUUUUUCCAUGUAACUUGCAUCUUCCCAUUCUUGCCAAGUUAAAUAAUGUUCUUGUUGAUUAAGCUCUUGAUAAGUUGCUUGUUAGCAGCCUAUACCUGAAGAUUCCAGUGCAUGGAACACAAGUACUUGCAACCAGUGACAAGAGGUUUUUAAUGCUAAUGAUUUUCAACUAAACUUAAAAUAAUCAUCUUGCUGCUGUAAGCACUUCAACUGCUAUUUGUCCAUUAAGUCUUGUAUUCUCAUUGUAUUUCUUUCAACAGUGAAUUUGAGAUGCCAUGUAACUUGAGUAAAUAAUGGAAGGAUGCUCUUUGCUGUGAGAGCAAACCAGCUAGUACUACUCCUUUCAACUACAAACAUUUGUACUUAACUGGUUCCCUUUCAAGUGCCACAGUUACUUUGCCUUCAGGAUUACAGGGAGUGGAUUCCAUAAUCCUAAAAAAACUCCUUUUGGGGGUGGGGGAAGAGAGAAUAUCUUUGGUUCACUUUUAGUCAAUGGCAUCAUAAUCAUUAAUCUUAAGGAUUCAAGUUUAUUUGUUAUGUAUACAUUGAAACAUAAUGCAAUGUGCUGUUUCCAUUGACAACCAACGCAGCUGAGGGUGUGCUGAGUGUAACCCACAAGUAUAAAGUAAUUUUGAUAACAACUUUGAUGGAAGUAAUUUCUCUAAGACUUCACACUUACUACCCUGAUUUGCAUAAUCUAUUUAUUGGCUGCCUCCCUCAUAUUCUUUUGUUGAUCUACUUCACUUCCAUGUCAGUCACUCCCUUGCUCUCUACCUUUUCUUUCUGAUCACAUUUCCAUUUGUUCCUUAUUUCCCCUUUCUUGCCUUUCUCCUUGUCUCUGUCUCUGUCUCUUCCCCCACCCCCCCCCCUUCCCUCCAUAUAUCCUAUGUCUCUGGUUUGUUCUUCUCUGCUAUACCAGCCAGGAGCAGCUACUUUGGCUGGUGUUACAGAAAAAUCUCCCCAAUAUGUACAUCAGUUUGCACAACUCGGUAUGCAACUUUUGUGUGUACCUUGGAUUGCUGUGGUGUGGGUGUACUAGUUAGCUAGCAAGGGAAGGUGGGAGGAGAUGUAAAUCAAAUCAGCUGCGCCUAGAAGAAAUACAAUGUUUGUCUUGUUCUGAUAUUACAACCAGGGGUUAGUACAAGCUCCACAGUACUCUGAAGAAACCAUUGAGGUUGUAUCUCGCUGCCACUGCAGCAGCACAGCUGAAAGACCUGCUGUCUAAGUGCUAAACAUCGCAUUUCCUCCUAUGCUGCAAUAGCUUCCCAUGGAGUGACUGAAGGGCAGGGAAGGAACUCUGACUGCAAUGCUUUCUAUAAACCUUUAUAGACCUCUGAAAUUAUGAAGGAUACAUUUUGCUUUUACGAAAAAAGAUGCUUGCUUUAAACUUGUUUACCCUGAGAAAGACUACCAUGACCAUGAAGCCUUGGAUAGGUAGGUGUGUGCGCAUGUGUGAUGUGCCCGAAUUGCAGAGCGACGCAGACACACCAAUGCACAAGUAUAAAUGCUCACAAGGCAUGUAGGUUACGGUGUCCAUUUGAGGUACAAGUAUAAAUCUGCCUUUAGUAGAAACUCAGUGGGCUGAUGGGCCUGUUUCUGAGCACUAUGAACUCUGGGUACCUCUGGGAUUUUUCUUCUAAUACCUUUGCAAAUGUGAUGAUUGUACAUAAACAUUCUUUUAGAUAGUGACUGUUAGACAUUGAGUGAUUAAUGUUCUAACUUGGGUUUCCUUCAGUGCCCCUACUUCUAGUUAUUGACUUUCUCUAGUCAACAUAUUCUGUUCACUUACUUUGCACAUCAUUAUUAAAUUUCCUCUGAAGCUUCUUGUUUGAAGGAAAAUAAAAGUAUGCAAUCACUUCCCAGCUCAGAUUCUCUGCUCCUCGUGGCCUUGGGUUUUGGAUGGCCCAGCUGGAGAAAUGAAGUGCUAUUGUGUCAAAUGCCCCUUUCAGUUAGGAAGGGCUAAGUGUUUCUUCUAAGUUUGGGUCACCUACUUGGUGGCCCUCUUGAAACUCGUGGUCAAGCCUCCUGGACUGGGGUGAAGCAGCCUGGGACCCCUUCUGUAGUGGGAAUAAAUCAGCCGCUUCAAGUAUCAGUGAGCACAUGACUGGCUUCCUGAAGCAGCUGUUUAUGUGUUUUCACCAGACCGGUGACCAGAUUCUUGGUGAUUUAGCCCGUUAUGUCCUUCAUUCGGUAUGAUAGUACCCAUUGCAUCAAAGAAAUUCAAGUAAAUCUGGAUUUUUUUAAAGCUAGUUGUACCUGUGAUUUAAAUCAAGAAUGAUCUGGUUCAUCACUCCCUUCAGGGAAAGGAGCCUGCUGUCCACCUCAUGCCCAUCAGAGCCAGCCCAUAAUGGACUUGAUCUGUCUCCUUACCUCGGUGGUAGUUAAUAAUGGGCAAUAAAUUCUGUCCUUACCAACAAUGCUGCUAUUAGCUGUGUCCAUGGCAACAUUCCUCCUAUGGAUAGACCUCCUCAAACUGGAUCUUGUGUAACACCCUCUCUCCAAAGCCUUAGAUCAACAUUCCUUGCUGGUUUCUCUGAGAAACCAAUCCUUCAUGCAACUCGAGGAUAAUUGCACCUACAUGGCACCUAGUUAUAGUCAUACAGAAUGGAAGUUGGCCCUUUGGCCCGUCUGAUUUGUGACAUUAACCAAGAUGCCCAUCUAAUUUAAUUUCCAUUUGCCCAUGUUGCCUAGUACCUUCUUCUUGUUUCCCACCUUUUGAGUGAAAAUGUUGCUCCUCAAGUUCCUAUUAAAUCUCUCUGCUCUCACUUCAAAAUUGUCCUUUACCUUUUGAUUACCCCAAUGCUGGGGAAAAGCUGUGCAUUCAGUGUGUCUAGACCACUAAUGAUAUGAUACACCUCCAUAAGAUCAUGCCAUAAUCUCCUAUAUUCCAGUGAACCUUUCUGUAACUCAGUCCCUUGGGUCCCAGCACUAUCCUUAUGAAUCUUUUCUGCACUAUCCCCAAACCAAAACUGAACCCUCAGCACUAGGCCGACAGAAAUCAUUUCACUGCCCACAUUUCAGUUUAAUCAUUAUAAUUGGCUAUUAGCCUGUGAUCACUUGCUAUUCCCUCACUUUCACCAGUCAUUUCUUUUCAACAGUGCAUCAGUAUAAAUCCUAGUUAUCACAAUUUGGCUAAAAUCAUUUUUGCACUGAGGCAGCCUAUUGUUUUGAUAUCACACAGACAAAAGCAUGAUGUAUUUUAGGUCCUACCUCGACAAAGGAUGCCACAGGUCCUCACAAGAUCUGGUCAACGCUCAACUGAAAUGACUCAUCAUCACCCUUUCACUACUGGACAUUGAACUGCUCCUGACUAGCCAACACUGUACUAGUGAAUAUUUUGUAUUCUACGACAAUCUAAAAUCCUGAAUUUUACUCCUGCAUAAGGUCAAGAUAUUAAAAGACAGUAUUAUAUAGAUACAAUAGGGUCUUUUUAAGAGGCUCCUGGAUAGGUACAUGGAGCUCAGAAAAAUAGAGGGCUAUGGGUAAUCCUACCUAAUUUCUAAGGUAAGGACAUGUUCAGCACGGCUUUGUGGGCCGAAGGGCCUGUAUUGUGCUGUAGGUUUUCUGUGAUUCUAUGUGAAUGGUACAGUCUUAUCUUCAAUUAAAACCAAAGAGGUUUAUAUAUAGAAAUUUUGGAUGGUGUCAGGAUGUUAGGACAUAUUCUGGAGUUAGGAUAUGUAGCAAAUACUAAUUCCAACAGCAGCCAUUCUUCAGAUUUGAAUGUGGAUUGCAGAUUUGAAUUUAAAAUGCAGCUCAGAACAAUGGGUUUCCUGGGGCUGCAAGCUGGGGUCAAUAGCAAACAAAGAUACACUCCACUUAGACUUCAGGUGGUGCAUAUGAAUGAAUGUGAACUAAAAUCAGUGGGGAUUAACUUUCAUUUGGGUGUCUGGAGAAUGGGUGCGAAGAAGGAGGUGUUUGAAAACUAUGUAAUUCAAAGGAAGCAUUUUAGAUACAUUGUAACUGUAGGUUUGUCCUGCAUAUUACCUUUGAUCUUUAGUAUAUAAAAUGUCAUGUAAUAUUGGGUUGGGCAUGCCUCUUCUUCCACGAGUGUCCAGAAUGCUGAAUAAACACUUUUAUAUUGACUA